AAUGUGAAGAUAUCCUUUCCGGGAAAGCUGAAUGCGACGCCUGCCCCCACAACUGCAAGUAAGACGCCAAUCUCCUAGACUGGGAUCACCGUCACUUCGAGAGAGGUCCUAAGCAAAUUCGGCCAAUCAGAAGCUUCAAAAGAACAACUCCGCACCGAAGAUAAAACACUUAGGCUUGAAGGGUCACCUGGCCAAGAGGGGAUUGUCUGGUCUGGAUGCCCUCCAUAUUUCCCAUCAUGGUGGGUGGAGGGUGCCAGAGCUGGGCCUUAGCCUACCUCUGUCCACCUUGGGUCUUGCCUCUACCACCCCGAGUAGACGUUAAAAUCAAAAGCACCUUCUCUGGUCCUUGGUGUAUCUUUGCAAGCUGAGACAGUGUUGUUCUUCGUUUUAGAUAAUCACGUUCGAUGUCAACAAUUGCCCACAUAGAUCCCUCACACGACACCUCUCGGUACACAGUCGGCUGGAUCGCCCCCUUGCCCUUGGAACUCACCGCUGCGGUGGGAAUGCUAGAGGACCCCACAACAAUGGAAGUUCCCGACGACGACGUUCUCUAUCACGUAGGACGUAUAGGCUCGCACUUCGUCGUGAUGGUUGUGUGCCCGCGCAUGGGUAUCGAACCAGCCGCCACGGCCCUUGCCAACAUGCGCCGCUCGUUUCCCAACAUCAAACAUGUUCUGGUGGUCGGCAUCGCAGGCGGGGUUCAAGUAGACAAUGUCGCUCUCUCUCCUCCGUCGACUGGGACAACUUCUCCACCGCCGACGAGCUCCCUUGCUUUUGCGUCGCAGGCUUCGCGGGUUGCAGAAGUCUUGGUGAAGAAAUCCUGUAUUUCAGAAUCCAUGGAAUAGUUCCUUGCUGCGUCAAAACUCGGGGCGGUGAUGGUGAUCUCGGACGAUUCCUCCUUGGCGUGUUGGCUGGGUGAAA